AUGCAACCUACCGAAGAACUUGGCCCUCCUUCGCCGGCUGUCAGUAUCGAAGUGCCACGCAGUCCUUCUCUGCCAGGUGACGGAACUCCUCUUUGGGACAACAUGUCAUUGCCUAGCGGCCCCUCCCCCAAAGUCUCUGUUCCCGACUCAAACAUGGAUCUGGAACGCUGGGCCAAACGAGGAUUCUCCGAGGACCUUGCCCUUCCGCCUCGCCAGAUUGAGAAACCUUUCCGCUUUCUGGACCUGCCUGCUGAGAUUCGAAACAUGAUCUAUGAACUGCUCUACUACAAGAAGCCUAGGGUCAGAUCAUGCGAUACGGUAUAUCACUACUGCCACUGGGACUGUACCUGUCAUAACUACCUGUCGACGAUGAAACGACAGUGGCGCUUUCCUCCAAUCGCUUCCGUGAACAGACGUACCCGCCAAGAGUCUGUUUCUCUCUACUGCGCAAUCACCGAUUUUGAUUGGUACUGGGAUCCCUCUAUGAUAGAGUCAAAUCACUUGCCUCUUGCAGAGUUGCUCAAGUUCCUCCAAACAGUUUUUGACUUUGCGGCUAGACAUAGCCUUGAGAUCAAAAGCAUUGUCGUCAGAAGUCCUUACGAGUGCCACCCAGGAACUUUUGCUCUGGACUUCAUCGAGGAAGCUGUACGUUUUCUUGCACCACUUCGCAAGUCUCUCGAUCAGACUGGCAGAGUGCAUCCAUCACUCCGAGAAUUCAAGCUCACACGAGCAAGCCCUUUGGCUCGUCGCCUGUUCAAGUUCGCUGGCUCUCUUCAGCAGCAUGAGCUGGAAGAUAGGGAGGAAAUGAGAUUCGAGCUUCGAUACUUCUUGUACGAUGAUCCUGAUGGAUCCGAACUUAUCACUCAUAUCGAUAAGAUCGAAGAGGACCACAAAUGGGUUGAGAACUGGCUUCGAAACAAGAAGAUCAGGGAAGAUCGGGCAGCUAACAAGAAGAAGGGGCCUGAGAGAUGGAAUGGAGUCCUUCGUAGUCGCUCGGCCAAAGCGGAGGGACCUGAGAGAUGGAAUGGGGUUCUUCGCAAUCGUCUGACCAAAGACUAG